AUGGAGUUUGGAGUGUCUGGUGAACUCGGCACUUACUCGUAUCGGUGCUAUGUUGUUCAAAAUUCUUCUCAUUUUUCAUCUGUGAAGGUCUAUUUAGUGAUGAGCAUGUCAGAGAGUCAGUUUGGAGCCAACUCCCAUGUUCUCAAGCUAGUCAGAAGGCACAGGCAUGACUGGGUAGUUCUUAUACUCCUAGGACUGAUUGAUGGAAUGUUGAUUCUGAUAGAACCUUUCCAUCGCUACCUCUCGGAGGAAAAGCUAACUCCAGACAUUAAAUACCCUUUCCAUCAUGACACUAUACCUAUGUGGGUUGUGCCAGCUUUUAAAGAAAAUGAAGAUGUUUUGUGUUGUGAAAAUUCUAAAGUUAUAAAAGAGGGAUAUAAAAGCUUCCCAAGCGGACACUCCUCAUGGUCCUUUGCAGGUCUCGGUUUCCUUGCUUUGUAUUUGAGUGGUAAAAUUAGAGCAUUUGAUCGUAGGGGUCAUGCUGCAAAACUCUGCAUUGUUUUAUUUCCAUAUCUUGUUGCUGCACUAGUUGGGGUCUCUCGUGUUGAUGACUACUGGUACCAUUGGACAGAUGUUUUUAGUGGUGCACUUUUAGGUAUAGUAGUUUCUAGUUUCUACAAUCUGCUAUUUGCUUCUCUUCCCAUUCCCACAUACGAUAAAUUGUAA